UUUCAUCUUCUCGCGAUACUUAUGAGACUGGUGCUGAAUUCAAAUUGAACCUUCAACUUUUUGUUUGCCUGCCGAGCGAAUCGCCAAAAGCAGCAGCUGACAAUAAACCACAGCAUUGCUGCUGAAAGUGCUCUCCUCAAAGAUGGCAUGCAGCUCAGAUGUGCAGCGGCUUCAGCGGAAGCUGAAAGAGAAGGAGGAGGAAGUGCAGAAGGCUGCCCAGUAUGGCCUUCAGCUCCUGGAUGACCAACUCAAUUUGCAGAGCAAGUUGGAGGACCAGCGGGUAGAAAUGACCAAUGCUAUGGAGACUCUGGAGCAGGAGAAAUAUUCCCUCCAGCGGGAGGUGGAGCUGAAGGCACGCAUGCUGGCCAGUCUCCAGUCCGAGUUUGAUGAGGUCAAGAAACAGCAAAGGCACCUCCUGGAGCAGCAAGAAUCUCAGCUUGAAAGGAGCCAUGCCCAUGAACUCAGUGACUACAAGAACAAGAUGGAGCGCAUGAUAGUGGAGCGGGACGAGGCACAGCUGGCAGAGAAGCAGCUGCGACACAAGCUGGAGGUGCAGGCCGAGGCCCUGAGCAACAAGACCGAGGAGCUGCGCGCCCUGACCGAGCGAGCCCACGAGACCAUGUCCUCUGAGAUCUUGGAGCUGCAGGUCCAGAGGAUGGACAUGGAGGCUGCCAUGGCCGACUUGAAGAUGGAGCUCCAGGAGUGCCAGUACAAAGAGCAGCAGCUGCAGCUGGCGAACACCAGUCUGCAGCGGCAGGUGGAGCAGCUGACGGAGGAGAAGGAGGAACGCCAGAAGGAAGCUGUCUCUUGCUACAACGCUCUGGAGAAAGCACGUGAAACCAAUCAGGAGCUACAGAUCCAGCUGGACCAGCUGCUUCAAAAGGAACAGGAUCCAAAUAGCAGAGGAAACUCUCUCUUUGCUGAGGUGGAGGACAAGCGAGCGGAGAUGGAGAAGCAGUUGAUCAGCGUGAAGGUUCAGUACAAGUCCCUGCAGCAGCAGCAUGCUUUCUCUAAGCAGCAGAUGCAUCGCAUGAAGGUGCAGAUUGCUGCCCUGAUGCAGCUUCAGGGGUCGGGGGCAGACCCUGAGCAGCUUGAGCGCAUGCAGUCCAUGCUGUCGCAGAAGAACAAAGAGAUCGAAGCACUCAUGACCAAAGUGCGGCAGCUGGAAUCUGAUCAGAUUAGUCUGAAGGCUAUGUGCCCAUCUGGCCCACCUGCAGACGGUGAAACGCAUGACGACACCUACUACACAGAUCUUCUUCAGAUGAAACUAUCCAAUUCUGUUAAGGAUUCUGAUCAGCUGAAAAAAGAGCUGUCCCUGGAGAGGAUGAAGUCUCUGUCGGAGAGCCAGAGGGUGCUAGAGAUGGAGAGAAAAUUGUUCGCCACACAGCAGGCCCUCAAACAGAGCCAGGGGGACAACAUCAGGCUGCAGGUCAAAGUGGAAGAACUGCGUCUCAAAUACGAGCCAAGUGAGGUGGGUAAAGGCCGCGUCCAGAAGCGCAGGCGAGAGAAGCUUCCAGUCGAUCUCCCCGCUGAAGGCCCUGUGCCGAGCCAAGACGCCCCCCCUGCCAUGGAGACCGAGCUGGCCAGCCGCCCAGAGGCUGACCCCUCUAAGCCAGAGCCAGCACCAGGGCCCCCCCAGUGUCCUCUGCAGCCUGCCAAUGCCCCGCUCCUAAACCCCACGCAGCCCCGGGACAGCAAGUGUGUGCGCAUCUCCGACGAGCCGCCAGUUACCAUCCCAAAACCGCCCAGGUCCCCAUCAGAAGAGAGCAGUGUGACAGAAGAGAUGGACACCAGGCAGGGAGAGGGGGAGAACUGGCAUGGCGAGAGGAAAAAGAAAUCAAAGUAUCCCACCCCCAUCCAUGCUGUCCCACAUAAUACAAUGCAAAACCAAUGUGCCCAGCAGUAGUUCUGAACUAUAACUGAUAUUGGCUUUUUUACUUAUUAGAUAUAAUAAAUUAAUAAAACAACUACAAAAUU